AUGUCCGGAAAUCAAAAUUUAAUUUCUUAUUCUGACGAUGAAAAUAACUUUGUAAUUAUAGGAAAUAGUGGGGCUCAACGAUCACGCCGACGUUCUAGAAAUAAUUAUAGGAAGAGCAUAUGUUGGAAAUAUUUUCACCCAUUUAAAGUCCCGAAAGAUGGAUCAGAAACAAGAUGUAAUUUUAAUGGAUGCAAUACGAAAUACGUAUGGCGCGGAUCUACUUCUAAUCUUGUUAGACACCUUAAGAGAGAGCAUCAAAUAACAACAAAAUCUUCAGUGCUCACAACAUCCAUUCAGUCACCAUCAACAUAUGAUGACUUUCAAUUAAAAAUUAAUCUUCCAUUAAUUAAAUUCAUUGUUUCCUCUGCAUCACCUUUCAACAUAACUGAUAGUUUAAAAUCUUCUGGCCUCAUUAAUCUACAAAUUGAACUGCCUCUGGAAGAGCAAAUAAAUAAAGUAUAUGAUCGUUUAUUUCUUCAAUUGAAAUCAAAAGCUCAGCAAGCAAACUCUGUUAUGCUCUCAAUUGACUAUCCAUAUAUUGAAGAUAUUGAAGAAAUUACCCCCGUAAUUACUUGUUGUUGGUUAACUGAGGAUUUUGAAUUUAAUAAAAUCUUGUUGUGUAUAGUAAAAAAAUGGAAUGAUAGUGGCAUUAUCGAAGCUUUAGAUCAGUGGGAAUUAACAAACUUGAAGUUUAUCUAUAAUUUUUAUGAUGAACUUGAUGAAGAUAGUUUUUAUGAUGGAUUUACACUUGAUGAUAUGCUGGAAGAAAAGUACCAAGAUAUCAUACAUAUUAUACAUAAAAAUAAGAUUAGAAGUGGUGAUUGUUUAAUAAGAGACAAUUUAACAAUAUGGGCUGAAAAAAGUAUCAGUACUCAAGAAAUUUCUAAUAUUAUCACAGCUGUUCAAAAUGCCACACUGAAUCUUUGCGAUGUAGCAAAGGAGUUAAGGAAUGAAAGGAUGCAAAGAGUAAUGAAUAUCCCAAUUAAUGAUAUCCAAAAUGCGGAAAAAUUUUAUUGUGAUUGCCAUUAUCAUAAAAUAGAAUUUCUUUCGUCAAUAGAGCAAUCUUUCAAAUUGUUACUUAAUUAUAGUAAUCAUAAUGAUGAAUUCAUUAGAGGCAACAUAACGAAGUUUAAGAACCUUUUAUUAGAUAAUUUACCAUUUAGUAUAUUUCCUAAAUUAUUACGAUUGUUCGAACCCUUGAAACAUAUCGGAAAUGUCUCUACAAGAAAUAUUGCAGAUAUGCUAACUAAUGCAAUUAAUAUUUUAAAUGAGAUUUCUUCUCAAUUAACUCUUUCUCAAUUUAACUUAGAACACGAGGUACUUGAAUCAUUUCUAAUAUUUUUAAUUCAUUCAUAUCUCCACGAGAUCGUGGGUUUAUUUUUAGAUCCACGUUCUAGACCUAUUGUUACUUUACAUGAGACGCUCAAAGAAUUUAUACUAAAUAAAUGUGAAGCCUAUUAUUCACAAAUUGCCAGUUCUUUUGGUAAUACUUUGAAUAAAUCAAUACAAGAUUUAGCAAGUGAAGAAUUGGAACGCUAUAUUAGUCUUCCACAAUUUCUGUUUAAUGAAAACUUUGAUCUAUAUAAAUGGUGGAAAGAUUCAAAACAUAUAUUUCCUGGUUUAGCUACUCUUGCAAGAGAAUAUUUACUUUUGCUGUCAGAUAAUGAAAUUCCAUUAAAUAAUCUUGAAAAAUUUCGUCGUGUAUAUCAAGAUGAAGAAACAAUAAAUAAAAUAGCUUUUUUAGAUUGUAAUUUGAAAUACUUUACUUUCUGA